AUGAAAGCAGCUACUGUACUACUCCGCAGAUCGGCUUGGAAAGGCCCCCAUAUCGUCCCCUUACCGAUAGCAGAAUCUCUGAAAUCAGGUUCCGCCAUCAGAACAAAUGCUAGAUCAUGUACGAUUCUGCCCCAGUUUGUCGGAGUCAAAUUCCAAAUUCAUAAUGGCAAAGACUAUGUGCAGUUUCAAGUGACAGAUGAUAUGGUUGGUUCAAAAUUGGGUGAAUUUGCUCCAACAAGAAAAAGCUUCAAGUAUACACAAACAAAGAAUAAAUAG